CCCGCGCCAAGAUGCAAAAAGUUUCCGACCAGAUCUAUAAAUAUAGGCAUCUUAAGGCUUUCGGAGAUCAGACACGGUUGUCUUUUUACGAUUUCACCUUCUAUCGUUCAAGUCAUUUCAUACUAUAUUCUUCCACAUGUCUACUAGUACUGCUACGCCUUGGUUCCUCUACGCUUACCCCUGGCAGCCCUUUCCACGCCGAGUGAUUAUCUACCUCCGGGAACGAAAUAUCCCAUCGUCGCUCGUCACAGUCGUCCAUGUGUCAGACGUCCAGUUCGGUGGUGAGACGCCCGAAGGGUUCCCUCCGAAGCCCCCGGGGAGUCUCCCAAUCCUGGCCAUUCCAAGAGCAUCCACUGGAGGAGAGACCAACGAUGAUUUCAUCUACAUCAAGCAGUCCAUCGCCAUCAUGGAAUUCCUCGAGGACGCCUGUAAUACGGGCCGAUGGGGAUUUCCGAAGCUUCCCCAACCGCCGAUUUUGGCGCUGUCAAUCACCACGCCAUCGCUCAAUGACGGCAUUUCCGACGCUAAUUUGGAUGGUGGCGAUAAGCAAGGAGUUUCCCCCCUUCUUGCAGCAAGACACGGCGAGCUGCUCAGUCUCGCGAGCGGUCUCACGGAUAGCUGGAACCCGAUCCGCACAUUUGGAUCCGGGACGGGGACGAUGCGGAUCCCGGCCGCCGCGAAAGAGAUGCUCGGAUGGACGCGGCGGAGUCUGCUCGCAAUCGAGAAUUGGUUCGAGGAGAAUGGGUACUCGUCCGCGGGCCUGAGAUGGGACGAGAGAGAGAACAGCAACGGCAACGAACGACAUGCAGGAAAAAGACAAGCAACCAUUGCAGAAAUCGUCCUCUUCCAGUUCUUCGACUUCACGCACGAUUGCUAUGGGAUCGACAUGACGCGGUCGUCGGGGAAGAAGGUGACCGAUGUUUAUGGUCGCGAGGUGCUGGAAAGUUAUCCGCGGCUGGAGAGCUUUUACAAGGACUUUUUGACCAGACCGAGUGCCAGAAGGUAUGCGGAGCUUGGAGAUGUGCCGCAUGAGAACUGGGUUAAGAGUAUGACGGAUUGGUCUGCGGGGAUCUUUGAUGAUGAAGGGGGAGAGGUACUACAGGGAAAAAAUUAAGCAUGUUAUUGUGGCGAGAUCUUGAGGGUUGGUCGUAAAUGCGACACCGAGUGAUAAAGGGAUAAUAUGCUAUGGAGAGGAGGGGGUUGUAAAAUUGUACUAGCAGACCUUAGUCCUGUUCUUCGAUGAUUUGAAUGCCAUUACCAAUAUCCGAACUUGAAAUCUGUAGUUGUCAGCUAGGAUAAAACACACAGUUGUCUGGUUACCAA